GCGAACCUUUUUAUAUGCUCCAUGCAUAUAAAAAGAGAGAAAAAGGUUCAGUAAUUGGUGACAAAUUAGCAAAUUUAACUUCAAAUUAAAAUAAAAUACUACGAAGAAAAAAAAAAGUAGCGGGUUUUCCGCUGCAAAGGACGAAAGCAGUAAAAAGCUCGUGGGCCGCCACUUGUCAAGACAUCGACCGUUAGAUGUUUAACCCUGAGAAGGUAACAGCGGUCGAUCAACAUUCCCCAUUAGAGCGACGAGAUCGGGACGUCCAUAGCCAACAAGGAGUAGUGAGAGAGAGAGAGAGAGAGAGAGAGUGAGUGAGUGAGUAAAUAGUGAGAGAGAGAGUUUUCACAGGCACAAAGAGAGGCGCUGUUCAGACUUCAGAGCUAAAAAAGGCGUAUAAGCUGCAAGAAAUCAGAGAGAGGGGAUCGAUGGAAGGUGUGUGGGAGAAAUAAAUGGGAGUUGCAGAGGAGAGAGAGAGGGGCAUGACGGCGUUGCAGACAGAGCUGUAAUUCUGUCUCUUAAAUGCCUUGAAACAAAACAACCGUGAACAGCAACCAGAGAAAGCAAAAUCAACAAGAGACAGCGAAUUCAGCUAAAAGUCAAGUGCACCGCGACUUCAUCAAGAAAAUUCGAGAAAUAAACAGUCGCGAUUGUGAGUUCUGAUAUGGAAUUUGACUUCCAAUUGAGCUCCGGGAGAGGUUUAGAGGGGGAAUUACAAUGGCAGGGUUUUUCUCAUUAGGUGGAGGAGGAGGAAGAGGAACAACGCGUGUCGACACGCAAGAGGACGAGACCCCGAACAAUCCUCCACCAACGGAGAUUCCUCAAGAGAGCUGGUUCUGGUACAGAAAUCAUGAAGAUCACCUCAACAACAAGGGUUUCGAGCUUUGGCAACAGCAAGGUGGAGGACACAGCAACAAUCCAGUACUACACCAACAAGAUCUCUACACAUCAGCCGCUGCUUUAGCCGUUGGAUCUCGGAGAACCUCAAUCAACGUCUCUGAUGAAUCCUCUUCGAGAUCGGCGUUGAUGAUGAUCCGAAGCACCGCGGGAAGCGGAGGCAGCAGCAGCGGCAUUAGCUGCCAAGAUUGCGGAAACCAGGCGAAGAAAGACUGCCUUCACAUGCGGUGCAGGACUUGCUGUAAGAGUCGCGGAUUCGAUUGCCAAACACAUGUCAAAAGCACUUGGGUUCCCGCCGCUAAACGUCGCGAACGGCAACAACAGCUCGCAGCCUUACAAAACUCGCACCACCACCACCACCACCAGCAGCAGCAACAACUUCAACUCGACAGAGAAAAUUCCAAACGACAGAGAGAAAAUCAAAAUCCCAGUCCUUCUGGGUUGGAGCUGGGGAAUUUUCCGGCGGAGGUGAGUUCGUCUGCGGUGUUCCGCUGUGUACGAGUGAGCAGCAUAGAUGAUGCGGACGAUCAGUACGCGUAUCAUACUGCAGUUAACAUAGGAGGGCAUGUUUUUAAGGGCAUACUCUACGAUCAAGGGCGUGAAGGUAGUUACAUGCCAGGUGGAGAGACAUCGUCGUCGGGCGGGCUUCAACCACUGAAUCUUAUCGAGGCUGGAACCUCGGGUACUGUUGCGACUACCGGUGUACCGAGUACGGCGCCGUUUCUUGAUCCUUCUAGCCUGUAUCCAGCUCCGUUCAACACAUUCAUGGCUGGUACGCAGUUCUUUCCAAAUAACCCAAGAUCAUGAAAUGGAAAUCAAAUUUAACCACCCGCAUUGUUCUUCUUUUUCCAUCUCUUGUUCUCUCUCCAACUUUGUAGUCAGUUAUUUGGUAUAUCUAAUGGUGAUCAUAAAUAUUGUAGUUGUAGUACAUUUGAUAACCAAUUGAAGUAGGAGUUUAAGUUAUCCAUGAAAAAGAGGAAAAAAGUUGUUUUCUGCUUGCAAAAUUUUCAAUGCUUAGUUCAGUUCUAAUAAUCUUAUUUGUUUACGGGAGAAGCUGUUUUUUUGUUCCAGAUGUGUAUAGCGUGUAGUGUGUGUUCUGGCGGUCUGAAGUUUUACGCUCACUCAACAGUCCGAAAGACAUGUUGAAUUGGGUGGUUUCUCAGUUAUCAAAAGAAAAAUGUAGUGUGUGUUUU